AAAGGUUAAACGGUGCGUUUAGAUGGUGACCUGCAUACAAACGACUGCUGAGAGAUGGAAGAAGGCUUCUGCUCUUCCUCUGCGCCUUCAUUUGUCUUCCAUGGUUGAGCUUCUCGUAUUUCAGCUCAUUCUAUCACUGCAAAUUCUCGAGGGUUACACUCUCUUAUUCCGCUCGCUUGACUAUUCAAUUUGCGCGGUUCAUCUGCCUCACUUGUUCAUCGGUGUAUAAAUGAGAGUUUGAGACUGCGUCAACUUUGUGACACGCGUACAUGAAGAUACUUCUAAGGAACAAAGGUGCAGGACAAAUCAAUUGUCUUGAUUUGAAGUGCGGAAACCCUAUUAAAUUUUCUGUUAGAUUUUUUUCCUCGUGGAUUGGGGAUUCUUCUCAAACAACAAAUGGAAAUGGGGGCCCUGUUCCGGGUGGGGGUGAUCUGUUGCCUUCAGCAAAGAAUGAGAACAAGAGACAAGUUAUUGAUAGUGUGUGCCAAAUUUUGGAGACUGGUCCUUGGGGAUCUUCGGUUGAGAAUAGGUUAGCAGAGCUUGACUUAAAUCCAAAUCCAGAAUUGGUAAUUGGAGUCUUAAGAAGGCUGAAGGACGUAAACAAUGCAGUAAAUUACUUUAGAUGGGCUGAGAGAUUAACAGACCGAGCACAUUGCCGUGAAGCAUACAAUUCACUUCUCAUGGUUAUGGCAAGAACUAGAAAGUUUAAUUGCUUGGAACAAAUAUUGGAAGAAAUGAGUAUUGCAGGUUUUGGCCCAUCAAAUAACACAUGUAUUGAAAUUGUGCUAAGCUUUAUCAAAUCUCGCAAGCUUAGGGAAGCUUUUACAUUUAUCCAAACUAUGAGAAAGUUAAAAUUUCGCCCAGCCUUUUCGGCAUACACAAAUUUGAUUGGUGCACUAUCUACAUCUCGUGAUUCUGAUUGCAUGCUCACCUUAUUUCAGCAAAUGCAGGAGCUUGGCUAUGCAGUUAAUGUUCAUUUAUUCACAACUCUCAUUCGUGUAUUUGCUAGAGAGGGCCGAGUUGAUGCUGCACUUUCUCUUUUGGAUGAGAUGAAGAGCAAUUCUCUAGAACCAGAUGUUGUUCUUUACAAUGUCUGUAUAGACUGUUUUGGAAAGGCUGGGAAGGUGGAUAUGGCUUGGAAAUUUUUUCAUGAAAUGAAAGCUAAUGGUUUAGUUCUUGAUGAUGUAACUUAUACUAGCAUGAUAGGAGUUCUCUGUAAAGCCGACAGACUGAACGAAGCAGUUGAGCUAUUUGAACAUAUGGAUCAAAACAAGCAAGUGCCUUGUGCAUAUGCAUACAAUACUAUGAUCAUGGGUUAUGGUAUGGCUGGAAAGUUUGAGGACGCGUACAGUCUGCUUGAGAGACAGAGAAGAAAGGGAUGCAUUCCAAGUGUUGUCUCAUAUAAUUGCAUUCUUUCAUGUCUUGGGAGGAAGGGCCAAGUAGAUGAGGCAUUAAAAAAAUUCGAAGAGAUGAAGAAAGAUGCAAUUCCCAACCUUUCAACAUAUAAUAUUAUGAUUGACAUGCUUUGUAAGGCUGGAAAACUCGAGACAGCGUUGGUUGUUCGGGAUGCCAUGAAAGAUGCUGGGUUGUUCCCUAAUGUUAUUACAGUAAACAUAAUGGUUGACAGAUUGUGUAAAGCCCAAAGACUUGAUGACGCUUGUUCUAUUUUUGAAGGAUUGGAUCAUAAAACUUGCAGACCUGAUGCAGUAACAUACUGUUCUCUUAUAGAAGGAUUGGGUAGGCAUGGGAGAGUGGAUGAGGCCUACAAGCUAUAUGAACAGAUGUUGGAUGCUAACCAGAUCCCAAAUGCUGUUGUGUAUACAUCUCUCAUAAGGAACUUUUUCAAAUGUGGAAGGAAGGAGGAUGGCCAUAAGAUAUAUAAUGAAAUGCUACGCCUCGGUUGUUCUCCUGACCUGCUACUUCUUAAUACCUACAUGGAUUGCGUUUUUAAAGCUGGAGAAAUUGAGAAGGGCAGGGCUUUGUUUCAGGAGAUUAAGAACCUGGGAUUUAUUCCAGAUGCGAGGAGUUAUACAAUCCUAAUUCAUGGCUUGGUGAAAGCAGGUUUUGCGCAUGAAGCUUAUGAGUUAUUCUACACAAUGAAGGAACAAGGUUGUGUUCUGGAUACUCGAGCAUAUAACACUGUUAUCGAUGGAUUCUGCAAGUCUGGUAAGGUAAAUAAAGCUUACCAAUUGCUUGAGGAGAUGAAGACAAAGGGUCAUGAACCCACUGUCGUUACUUAUGGUUCUGUUAUUGAUGGACUUGCAAAGAUUGACCGGCUUGAUGAAGCAUAUAUGCUCUUUGAAGAAGCAAAGUCGAAAGGUAUAGAACUAAAUGUUGUUAUAUACAGCAGUCUAAUUGACGGAUUUGGGAAGGUGGGCAGAAUAGAUGAAGCGUACUUGAUCAUGGAAGAGUUGAUGCAAAAAGGUUUGACACCUAAUGUAUACACAUGGAAUUGUUUGCUUGAUGCAUUGGUGAAAGCAGAGGAAAUUAGCGAAGCCCUUGUUUGCUUUCAGUCUAUGAAAGACUUGAAAUGUACUCCUAAUUAUAUAACUUAUAGCAUUCUAAUUCAUGGUCUUUGUAAGAUAAGAAAGUUCAAUAAGGCAUUUGUGUUCUGGCAAGAGAUGCAGAAGCAAGGCUUUAAGCCUAACGUAUUCACCUACACCACCAUGAUUUCAGGACUUGCUAAGGCUGGAAACAUCGUGGAAGCAGACACUCUUUUCGAGAAGUUUAAGGAAAAGGGUGGUGUAGCUGAUUCUGCUAUUUACAAUGCUAUAAUAGAAGGGCUAAGUAAUGCAAAUAGGGCAUCGGAUGCUUAUAGACUUUUUGAAGAAGCUCGUUUGAAAGGUUGUAGUAUUUACACCAAAACUUGUGUUGUUCUAUUAGAUUCACUGCAUAAGGCUGAAUGCAUCGAGCAGGCUGCGAUCGUGGGUGCUGUACUAAGAGAAACUGCAAAGGCUCAGCAUGCUGCAAGAUCUUGGACAUAGCAUCAUUUCAUAUCUAUGAGAGCAACUAGUGGGAGCUGUUUUAAUCAAAAGCAGUGAUUGCCUUGCAGGUAACUAUUCUUGAAGCAUGAGCAAAAAUAACCUCGAGGACGAUGAGUUAAGUUGCUGAAGUUAUACUAAAUGAAGUACGCCGAUACAGGUAAUGUUACAUAACCUUACCAGGUUGAACGAGAACAGCUAGACAUGGAAGCCAGAAAUCUUUAACAAUUCAGCACUAACCUUUUUCUGGUCGGUUUUGAAAUUGUGUAGAAUCUAUAAGUCUGUCACCCUUUCUUAACACAUCUAGCAGGUCCAAAGCUCGAUACUGAAUAACGGUGACAAGGCAGGCCAAUUUGGUUGUGCUUGUUCUUAUGUAAUUCUCUUGACAAGUCAAGAAUAACACUUUAGGUGCUCUGAAGCCAAGUUGCAAGUCUUCACUCAUGGCUUUCAUAGCUUUCCAGGAUGACAUAUCUCUCAGGCCUCGUGAGGGUUUCACUUCGGUCUCGUUAGUGGUUGGUUCGUUCUGACUUGCCAAUGGUAAACUAUCUUCGGGCUCGUGAUUUUGAUUCUCAACUUGAACUUAACCUGCAUCAAAACUACCAUUUUCUUGAAAAAUUCAUCCUUAAUUUUCUUUCUUCUACAGUUACGUUUGAUAAUAAUUGGAAUUAUCUUCCCAUAUAGGAUGAGAAUCUUCCAUCUAAUAAUCUUCUAAAUCUUGUUCUUUUCAAGGUCAUGUUAAAGUUACCAUUUUGCUCCUUUAGUUCCAUAGAUUUCUUUUUUCUAAUGUUAAUACGUUAUCACACAUUCAAUUGCAUUCAUUGAGUUAUUCAAGUUUUGCUUACAUUCUGGACUUUA